CAGUUUCCAAAAAUCAAUUUUCUCAAAGAAACGAAGCAAUAAAACAUUUAUUAUAAUGCGAGUGUAAAGACGCUUAAAGCCUGUUCCUAUACAGAUGCCACAUUCGGACAGUUUAAUCAGUUUUAAUGACUUUUUUAUAUUAUAUUUCUUGUAUUUGGAAAGUCGAAGACGUGAUAAGUACAGAAAAUAACCACACCAGAAUUUAGUCAAAAGUUGUUUCGGAAAAUUGUUAUUCGGACCUGGUCCUUCUCAAUGCGAGUCCAGGGUGUUUAAUCGUUCUGAGUGGUCGUGAUCGCUAAGGAAUCGCGAAUGUCGUGGGUUCUAUCCCACCAGCCAGGCAAUCAAGUGGUUCGGAGCCCGCUGUGAUCGUGGAGGUCUCGUAGACUUGAGCCUCUGAGCAUUACCGUGCAAUGCGAAGCCCCGUCAUACCAACAAAAGCCAGUGUUUUGCAGUUGCCCCAGCCCUCAGAUGACCUGCUGACCUCUGGCCGGCUGUGACGACAAGUGGGGCGUCCCCGGCCAGAGGGGUCAGGGGUCAGUGCUAUCGGCGGGUUCAAGGUCGGGGCUGCGCUCCCCGCCGCUAGAUAGUCGCCCGUCAGCCGUCGAGCCCGCGACACAGCCGCCCACCAGCCGCAGGUAGCUUCCAGGAGGGAGCUCCCUCUGUCAUCCGUGGUAGCCCUCAGCAGAAGUGGUGGGUCGAGUCAAGGACCUGACUGCAAGUGACGUGGAAUCACGGCGUGUGCUGCGACUCGCGAAGACCAAAGAGCAGGAGUCAGGAUGGCUCCAAGCCUUCCCGCGGCCAUCUUGGUUGUCUGGUGCGGUCUCCUGGGGGCCGGCGUCUCGGCAGAGUACCGCCAGGAGAUGCUGAGGGAGCUGGAGGCCGAGAUACUGGCCAAGUCGUCCCCCAUGAAGCCGGUAGACUACCUGAUGCUGUACGUCUUAGAGCUGCGGCACGGCAUGGCCAUCCUGAACGACACGGUGUCGGCCAUAAGCCGGGAGUACCACGACCUGUGGAGGAAGGAGGCCGAGGAGCUGGCCCGGAGGAGCGCGCCCGCCCCUAGUUCUCCAUGCGACUGCGGCCGGAACCACUCCAAGGAGGGGCCGGAGGGCGAGCUUCAGCGCAAGAUGGACGCCGUGCAAGGGGACCUGCGGCGGGUGCUGGACGAGCUGAAGGAGCUGAAGGGGCUGAAGGGGCUUAAUGCUGCCCCCACCCAGAGGCCGGAGGGUGCCGGCCCCACGCAGCAGGAGCAACUAGUCGUCGAAGCGGUACGCAACUACACGGGGCGCGGCAGCUGGGGCAACGUGCGGCGCAGCCUGGAGCUGGUGCUGGAGCCCGGGUCGGCGGCCGCCCAGCAGCUGGAGGACAUCGGGCCCCAGGACCCCGCCCCGCUGCGCACCGCAGCGGAGCGCGGCCACGCGGAGCUGCUGACGGCGCUGCUGGACAAGGGCCUGCCCCUCGACACGCUGGCCGACGACGUGUGGCGCUACGACCUGCUGGCGGCCGCUGCAGCCGCCGGACAGGUGGUGGUGGCGGAGGCGCUGCUGGAACGCGGCGCGAGCACGGAGUCGACCAACAACCGCGGAGUGACGCCGCUCAUGUUCGCGGCGUCCAGGAACCACCUGGCGGUGGUGAAGGCGCUCGUGCGGCACGGCGCCGACACCAGCCGCCGCAACUACGACGGCAACACCGCGCUCGACCUCGCCCGCAAGCGCAACAACCGCGAGGUGGUGGACUUCCUGUCGGCGUUCGAGGCGCCGCCCGCGCCAAGCGCCGUCAGCGAGUAGCGUCCAACAAUACAACAACGUAACGGAGAUGCGUUCCGUGAACAGACACAAGUUAUCUCGCGGAACAGAGUUCCUACAACGGGAACGCAGACGAAGACAGACCCGUACUGAUUGACUCUUCCGUUUACGUCGCUCCGCGCUGCAAUUUACGUUCCAAACACGUCAAAAUUAGUUUCAUUAUCUGGGGUUCUAUUAUUACCUUGGCCAUUAAUUUUUCAUAUGUGUAAAUUCUGCCCUUGUUAUUAUCGCGAAGCAUAACGUUUGUUUUAAAUUAAUAAUUAAUAUUUCGUAACCUUGUUACGAUUCCGUGCAAUUUGGAAUCAGCAGUCACGAUAGUAAAUGUUUCAUCAAAGAUAUGUCUCCGUUUACAUACUAUUGUAGAAAGUGGCUGAAGGUUGCAGAAAUAAAUUCUGAAAUUAAUAUUUUAAAAUUUUAGGCUUUUAAAUUCCUUUUAAAUAUGCUAUGCUAUUUCGUAUAUAAAUUUAACUUGCAUUUUCUAUCUAUUAGACGUUCAAUCAGUGAUGCACAUUCUAUUAUAUACGUUUUAUUACCAUGUUUGAUGCUUCAGACAUAAUAUCUCGGUUUGGAUUAAGAAUUUCAAUUUGCAAUUAUAAUCAGUGACACUUUUAAAACCAUUAAUAACUAUAAAAUUUGUAAAAAAUUACAACUGUUUUUGAAUAAUCUAGAAACAUUUAUUGGUAAAAAACUUAAGCAAAAAGUUAUUUAAAACUUUUAUAAUCUAGAUAAUUAUUUUGUACACACCAUUUUAGUUUCUGUUUAAGAUUUUUGUGAAAACUAAAGUAGGUAACCAAUUAUAACCAAUUAGUUAAUAUGACAUAUAUCAAUCUUUGUGUGUUGUAUUGUUUCGUGUUUUGUCGUAAAGUUAUUGAUAUGUAUCUGUGUAAGUCUUGUGUUAAUGUGUUUUGGUUGUUAUUCUAUGUGCUUAUAUUGUACCUAUUUUUUAAUGUAUGUGUCAUAUUUCUUUUAUAAGUGUCGUAAGGCACAAAAAACCUAAUCUCAAUUUGAUAUGACGUUUUAAAAAAGCAGAAUAAUAUGCAACGCAUAGUAAUUUAUUUUAUUUCGAAAUAGAAAAAUUACUCAAAUUUUAGCAGAAUUUAUUUUUGAAAGACUGCAAACUUGUGUAAAGCCCAUCAACAUUCGAUGUACGAGCCUAUGUCUUGACACCACUCCCGCUGCCUGUCUAAGUUUUUAAAUUGAUUAUUAAUGUUGAAAGUGAUCUCAGGGGUUUUAACGGGGGUUCGGCCUCGUGGCUGCAGGCAGGAGCGCGUCUCUGUUCGAAACCUACCUGGGCUGUUCAGGCCACCCAGGACGCCUUAUAAAUAACUGGUAAACGAUUUGACACGACACUGCAUUUAUUCAGAACCGAUACACUUGUUGGUCCAGGUACUGGCCGCUUCUGUUGUCUGACCGCUGCGACACGCGUAUUUCUCUACGGUGAACGGUACGCGCGACCAGGAUAGGUUGCCAAGUGGUGUAUACGAACUUCUACAGUGGUCGAUUAUAAAUGUGAAUGGCGUGGCGGAUAGCCACAGAUCUCCUGUACUGCAAGAACUUCUACAGGCGGUUACGUUAGCAUUGAAAACAGCACAUACAAACGGACGUUCCAAAGUUAUUUGCAAUCUAACCUAUGGCGAAAUAUUAAGGUCCCGGAAAAGUACGUAACCCGGUAUGCUGGAAUCAUACACGUUACAGUCACUUAUUAAUCAGAGGAUACUCGGUUAGAUUGCAUGUUACAAGUUACACAUUUACAGACGAUGAAAGUUAAAAGGCGAAAGUUAGCGAGUAAGAACUCGACACAUGUUACUAAGAGUCUUCGAUGAUAACAAUUAAUUGGCUGUGAAGCCGAAACUGCGUAACACAAUUACGCUGUCCUUAAUCUCUGGACACGAAAUUAUGUAGAAAAUGUAAAGUUCCCUGUUGGGAUAAAUUUAAUUAGUUACGAGUCGCACGAAAUAUCGUGCGACUGGGUGGGGUCGGCGCCGAGCUGGAAGAAGGAUUUUAAAACUUACACUAUUGCUGAUAUGUGGAUGUAGCGCGAAAGUUGAUGGCUCGACGUUCGCGGAUCGUCCGACCCCUGCGAGCUCCCGACGGUAACUGAGCGCGGGACCGCCCUGCGGCCUCGCGCCUAAACGCGUGGAGCGCGGGAAAACAUAUCCGGCCAGUUUUUGGGCUUAAAAGACAUGUUACACAAUAUAUGAUUAUAAAAUAACUAUAUAUGAUUUCCCUUACAUUAAUUAUGUUUUUAAAUUGUUAUUAAAUUGGUUGUUUUUUAUUUGAACAGAAUAAUUACGUAUUUAAUUCGGCGCUUUGCCACACCCAGCCGGACGCUGUCGUCGCUUUGGUGUUCGUCGCGACGCACUUUUACACACUCGGCGGGAAUCACGCUCGGGCGUGUUCGAUGCAUUUGUGGCAUAACGGCCUGUGCGAACCAGAGGGAGCACCGGCGAUCGGCGUCAGUCUCCUCUAGAUCGUCUGUGCUGCUUGCCCUGUGCCAACAAACUACACUACACAAAAAUAUUUCCCUCAAAUUUCAGCAUCUUAAAAAUACAUUUUUUAGACUUUAAAGAAUAUCUGAGUUUUUUUGUUUUCUGUCACCCUAAUGAAACCAUAGUAUAAGAAAACCCUUGGAUAUUUGCGUUGGACUUGCACUUAUUAAAUAAUGAUCUACAAUUACUUCAAUUAUUCUAGUGUGCAAAAAUGUAAAUUCUAUGAAGCAAGUUACAUUACGAUUUUAUGAGUAAGGCCGUUUUCCUCAUUCCGUGGAAAAUAUCAGAAAUGUUGGCAGAAUUCCCGUUCGUCCAUUUUUGUUAUGACAGUGUUCCAUUAUGUUACUUUUGAACUUUUCCGUUGUCUCCGUCAAAACAGGAGGAAAAAUGUCAUGAGGAAAACUACCAUGUGUAUUUUUUUUUUUUUUUUUUUUAAUCUUCAUAAUAAGAAUACAGUGCUGCACCCUAUAAUACAUUUUUGGAAACAUUUCUUUCUUCUCAUACGCGAUCUGGAACUGAUUUGUUAUUGCAGCUAUCACCGUCAGAAACGCUAUCUGUAAGCUUUAAAGUUAACCUGAGAAACAGAGGAUUGACAGCGCUACCUACUGAGUAUUCUAUGCACUACUUCGAGAGAAAUGCCGCUGCACUCUUUCCAUGGAGUGUAUAAGGAAAUAUGGCAGAAUUCGGUCUCGUCCUUUGAAACUAUGGCAGUUUUCCAUUGUGGUACUUUUCCACCUUUUUCGAAGAGGACAGGUGGAAUAGUCCCAUCAUGGUAUAUUUCCAGUAUGGUUGUCUUCCGCGCUCCUUGUAAAUUUUAUGUGUCCAAAUCAUUAUUAAAUACUUUUUCAACCCUAAGUAUUUAUUUAAUACAACUAUUACCCCUUACAUACAUUCAAGUGGGAAAUGUUUUAUAAUAAAACUAAACAGAAAUCUAUAUUCACUCUACACACGAAACUGUUAAAAACUACUGGAAUUCAGUGGAAUUUAACUGGAGAACUGUUUAGAUUGAAUUAAACUGAUUAAACAUUUGGAAGUUUCAAAAGUUUUUUCAAUUGGUUAUUUUUUACCUCGGAAGCUUUUUUUUUCUUUCUUUUUCCAGUUUCGUGUUUAAGAGUGUCUGGAGCCGUUUAUUCCCUUUACAUUUUGGGAUGGUACCAACAAUCUUCAAUCAUACUUUUUUCCUCGAUUACUUAUUUCCUCUACAUGGUAUGCCACUUAUUUUUAAUUUUUUUUUUGUUAUGAUGCUGUUAUGCCUGUCAUCAUUGUGAUUAUCAGUUGAUUAUAGGCAAUAUGUGAAGCCACUGUUAAAAAAUUACUUUUUUAAAUAUAUUUGAACAGUUUUUUUUUUUCGAGGAGAGAUUUGGGGACAAAAAUUAUUUGAACAUGUGUAUUCAAAGAAAAGAUUACAUUACUAUUUACACUUAUACGCUUACUCAUGGGUCUACAGAAGUAGCCUGAGUGAGCCAAAUUACAAACUACCUUCGCAGUUUUGGUUCAAGCGUUCAAGGUCACAAUUAAAGAGUGACUCAGACAGUUUUAGAUAAGCCAUGUGUUUUGUUCAUUGUUGUUUCCUCGCUUGCAGCGCCACCUGCGUGAAAUGGCGACUCCUUAGCGUAAACCGUUUUCAGUUCUGCAAUUUGCUAAUGGUGAAUC